GCACUCCGUUCACAACUACCCAGUCCCGUCCACAAGCGCAGACAUCAACAAGGGAGCGGGUUAUUGAUGCGGGGUUGAUUUUCAUAAUAGUCACAUCGUAACGACAAGAUAACAGGAAUAUUUUACUUUGGAUUAACUUAACCCAACUUGCAACAAGAUGUUUGGCUUUCAUAAGCCAAAAAUGUACAGGAGUUUGGACGGCUGCUGCAUCUGUCGCGCCAAGUCGUCAAGCUCUCGUUUUACGGACAGCAGGCGCUAUGAGAAAGACUUCAGGAGCUGUUUUGGACUGAGUGAAACAAGAUCAGGAGAAAUCUGUAAUGCCUGUGUUCUCCUGGUGAAACGAUGGAAAAAGCUUCCUGUGGGAACCAAGAAGAACUGGAACCAUGUGGUCGAUGCUCGAGGAGGUCCCAGCCUAAAGAUCACUUCCAGGCCCAAGAAGAUCAAAUCCAUCUCCAAGAAAGACCGGCCGAGCCAGAUCAGCAGGCUGCAAAAAGAGCUCAAAAGAAACAACUCAGAUGCUCACAGCACCACCUCCAGUGCCUCUCCAGCUCAGUCUCCCAGUUACAGCAACCUGUCAGACGACGGCUCCGACGCCGAGCUCAGCCCGGGAUCCAGCCGCUCUCCUGUUUUCUCAUUCCUAGACCUGACGUACUGGAAGAGGCAGAAAGUGUGCUGUGGAAUAAUCUACAAGGGGCGCUUUGGAGAGGUCCUCAUCGACCCCCAUUUGUUCAAACCGUGCUGCCGCAAAAAGCAACGGCAGAAGCAGCAACAACAACGAGAGGAGGAGGAGGAAGAGGACGACGAGGACGAAGAGGAGGAAGAAGUGGAAGUAGAGGAGGGCCAGGGGGUCGCGGAUGUGAGCGUGCAGAAAUCCACGACGGAAGAGGAAGUGAAGGAGACCCCGAUGUUCCAGAAAGAGCCCCCUCAGCUGUGUGUUACCGUGACAACCGCUCCAACCAUGAGGGGGGCACUGGUGGAUGAAGGCUGGUGAAGAGGAAAAAACGUCCCGCGUUGCACACAUCUCUGAAGAAAUGUUGGGGUGCGUUGUGUUUUUUUGUUUUGUUUUUUCCAAGCACUUAAAGAAGAGGUCGCCUCAGAUUGCCUUCAGUCACAAAGCAGCUGGAAAUCCUUUGGUCAUUUCUGUAUUCCAAUGUCAAAGGUUUGUUUGUUCUUUUUUAAAUGGUAACUUAUUGGACUGUUUUGUUUCCUCUUUUUUUUUGUCUUUAAUAUUCUCAUCAUCCUUGUCAUGGACCAUCAUCUGUGAUGUCACCGAUCGGCUUCAGAUGAAAUGCUGGAGCUCGACUUUUGCUGGUACAUUUAAAAAAAAAAAGAUUUUAUUCCAAAACGCAAUAGAUCCGCUCAGUUAUAAAAAAAAAGGUGCUACUUGAAAUUCAUCACUCAACAUUUAAAACGACUAGUUCAAUCAUUAUCAAUGAGGAUAUUUUAUACGCAUACAGUAUAUGAUAAGAUGACUAAUAUACAGAAAUGAGAUUCAUUUAGCUUUCUUUGUGAAGAGUAAAUAUCUCUUUUUUUUUUAAAGUUGUGGAGAACUCGUUUUGGAAUGAAUGACACUUUGACAGAGCGCAGACCUGUACAGUAGCCCCCUGUGUUUGUCGUUCCACUUUUGACAUCCACUCCUAUCAAAGACUCUGUGUUUUGUAGACUGGAUUAGUGUCUCUGUGUCCAAAUAAGUAUGUGAGUCCUGGCUGAAUAAGGCCUUUUCACAGCUUCAACAGCAAAUACACCAGCCUUAAUAAUGUGUUACAGACAGUGCUAGUGUUAAUUCUGGAUUGGUAUUAAGGAACAAAAAAGGGACAGUAGCUAUAUUUAUUGUGGCCUCAGCAACACUUAGUGCAUUUUGCAUGAAUGGAAAGCCCACUCAUCCAGACGACCUAACGAUCUGAUGCAUGAGUCUCCGAAAAAAUUGCAUGGCCUUAUAUAAACUGUAAUUUGUACUUUUAUUUUUUUUGUUGUUGUCGAUCUCUUUCUCUGAAGUUUGAACUUAUUUUUAUAUGUAACAAAAAGCAAGAAUUAAAAAGUGUCUUUGCAUAAUAAUACCACACAAUACAACAGCAAAAAACCACAGAAUCGGUCUAUAGUCAUUCACCAAUCUAAACAUCAGUGAUUCCCUUCAUUCCCGGGUCAGUAUAUGGAUUAAAUAAACUUUGUACAAGCUGAAAUUCUAUGCCAUUGCCUCUUAUAUACCACAAAUGUGUGUUGUGAUAUAAAGCCUAAUAUUACUUUAUUUAUCAAAUUAAAGCCAAAGCACAUUGAAAUUCACCCAAUGUCAAAUCAAUGCAGGUUUUCUAUGGACACUUGUGCUUGUCCGAGGUCGUUUGUAUGUAUGUUUAUGGUAUUUUAAAUGAACACUAAUGUGUAAUUUCAUACAUGUGAUGUUGUAGCUGGAAGAACAGGUAGUUAUGUACAUAAGGGGGGUGGUGCCAUGAGGCUCCUAUAUUGGUUUUUCAUUAUUUAUUUCAUAUUUAUUUGUAUCACUGCAUCUUCACUUAGAAGUGUAAUGCUAUGAAUUAUUUUCAUCUUUAGCUUAUUUGUAGUAGUGGGGAGCGGGUUUUUGUACAUCCGAAAUCGAAUGUAAUUCUCUCGCAGGCUUCGUUUUAACAUUGCGUUGAAUUACUGGUUGUCAAUAUUUGUGAAAUGUUGUUAAGUAUUUAUUUUCUUCAUCGGUUGAGUUGCGUGCAACCUAACUUAUUCUGCAGCCAUUACUUUUGGAUUUGUACCACGUAGACUGAAACGAAUGAUAGAUGCAACCAAACUGUACCUUUUCCCUUUUAGCCUGUAGCUUAAAUACGUUACCUAACUCUAGACGUGCAUGUACUGUUGCUAUGCAUUUACUUAGCUUACAAGUUAGACAAAAGCAGUUUUGUAUUUUUUAUACAUCAUGUACUUUUUUUACUUGUCCCUUAAUAAAAGUAAUUUUGUGAGUUUUUUCUUGAA